UAUUCGGGCACUUCCGCCUCUGGAAACCGCUGUGUGACGCCUCUUUGGUUCCCACCCAAACAAACAAAGCUCAGAUGGAGAUUUUCUCCCCCUCAGAAACAGCUCUGUCUCCGGCCAGCUGAUCCCCACCAGUUAGCUGGACUUGUUCUUAUAAAAUCAAGAGACGAUGUCAGCCGGUUACCAUCUCUCUCUUUAACGUUUUCUAACUGACCGGUUAGUAAACACAGUCAUUGCGCAACAGUAUCGUUAACCUGCCUAACGUUAGCUAGCUGCCGCUCUCAGUAUCCAGCUGCAGCCGGAGAGAUGACAAGCGGUCUGUCGGUUACCGUCAGGACUUCAAAACAGGUUUGACAGACACGGAUCGCUGCUCCGGCUCGGCUCCUGCUCGGAAAAAAUCAGAUGUUGAAGAAUAUUUGUUAAGUCAAGCUAAAUACCAGCCUCCUUGUAUAUUAACCCCCCCCCCCCUCCUCCUGUUUGCUCUACUGCGGUCUCUCGGCUUCUCCACACCCAGUUACCAUGAGUGCAAUGCGUGUGGAUGCCAAAGUGGUGAUGCUGGGAAAGGAGAGUGUAGGGAAGACCAGCCUGGUGGAGAGAUAUGUUCACCAUCGCUUCUUGGUUGGCCCGUACCAGAAUACUAUCGGUGCUGCCUUUGUUGCCAAACCAAUCCAGGUGGGAGAGAAGGUGAUUACCCUGGGAAUAUGGGACACAGCUGGAUCAGAGCGCUACGAAGCCAUGAGCAGAAUCUACUACAGAGGAGCGCGGGCGGCCAUCGUCUGCUACGAUCUGACUGACAGCAGCAGCUUCCAGCGAGCUCGAUUCUGGGUGAAAGAGCUGCAGAACUGCGAGGAGCACUGUAAGAUCUACCUGUGUGGCACAAAGAGCGACUUGAUUGAAGGAGAUCGGAGCCUGCGCCAAAUCGACUACCAUGAUGCUCAGGACUUUGCUGAAGAGAUUCGUGCGCAGCACUUUGAGACCUCCAGUAAAACAGGAAACAACGUGGAUGAGUUGUUCCACAAAGUUGCUGAGGAUUACAACAACACUGCCUUCCAGUAUAUGACAGCAGAGGAAACAGGCGUGGACUUGGGCCAGAGGAAGGACUCAUAUUUCUACUCCUGUUGCCAUAACAACUGAUGCCAAGCAACAGGACGGAAAACAAAAGAGGGCACCUUCUCCUCGGCUGGAGUAAAAAACCUGGAUAUACUGGAUUGGUGGUCACAUAACUCAGCUCUGGAACUGGGAUCUAUUGUUACACUUUGUUCGACAUGUUUAUUUCUUUUGUGCCAUUAAGAACUGACGGCUACAAGACUUCAUGGAAGAGGAUCUACUUCUGCUGCAACUGUUACUGGGUGGAGAGGGAUUUAAAAAAAAAAACAAUGCUCCCACUUUUCACCCAGUUUGGUCCCUUGUGUAGCUUCUCUUGGGCUGGACCAUGGAAGUGAAAAUAUCCUUAACUCUGCGCCGUUAAACAAUUGGAAGUCAAACAGAGGGAUCCCACUGAGCAGAGACUGGCUGAGAAAAUGUGAUUGUUGUAGCAGCGCUUCAGGAGAGUGAAUGGUUUGUUUACAGCCGUUAAUUUUUGUUUACCUCCAAUCUUAUUUAACCUUGUUGUGGAAACCAGUCUGUCCUGCACAUCUUCGAUGAAGCCCGAAAGAAUGGAGUGAAGCCAACUAAGAUAUAAAGUGUCCAAAAAACACUCCUGUGUUCCCAAUCAUACUUAAUCGAGAUGAAUUCUUCUUAUACCUUUGCAUAUCUGGUGUAAUGAAUGGUACCAAUGAUAUUUAUAAAGGCCUUAUUACCCACAGAAGAAAUGUCGGGACCAUUUGUGGGUCCAAGAUCAACUUUCCAGAGCGUGUCCCGAAGUGUUUACUAUGACAUUAUGGAUGUAUUAAUGGAUUAAUAUGUAGGAUGUAUGGACUCAUAUGAAAGUGUUUUCUUCUUAUUUUGAUUUGUUUUUGGUUUCUGUGGUGGUGUGUAGCCCCCAGCUAAUAACAGCGCCAAUUUGAGACACUAUAAAAACGCAGCUGACCAUGUUAACCCGCUGUCUCUGUCUCACUCCUCUGCUUUGUGGAUGCAAGAUGCAGGUCUGUGCGUCUCUUUGAUCGAGAGUGGGGUUGAGCCCAUAGAGACAUCUAUAAAACUAUUGACUCUUUGUAAUAUGAAUGUUUAAUUCAAGGAGAAUUUAUACUUGUAAAAUUAGUUUAGUCAAAGGGAUGAGUGGGAACGUGCUGCAGCAGGUGGAACUGAACCCGGAAGCUGGUAAACUUUCUUUUUUAGCUUUAGCAUUUGAUGAGCAACUUUUGUCCAAAUGAACAGCGGCCGUCUUUGGAGUCCGUUAUCCAGUUCCUUUAAUACAUCCAUAGCGAAAACACGUGACAUGUAUCUGGUUCGUUACCUUUUGCAACAUAAGCUACGACUCUGAUUUUAAGGUGUCAGUUACAUCUCUGAAAUUAAAUUGCAUGAAGUGAGCUGACUGAAAGAAAGUUUUGGGGACAGUUACUUUUCUGUAUUUAAACUCUAAAUGCUCUAUUUUGUAUUUACAAAUGCAGAGUGCACACACAGAAAUGUGACUGUCAAAUUUUUCUUUCAGUCUCUUGUGGCAGCGAAAUAUACCCUCGAAGCUUUGACAGGUUUUAAGUAACGCCUCAACAGAAGGAUGAUCCAAGUUCCCCUCCACUGUGUUGAGAAACUGAAGAUUUCACCAACACAAAAAAACGUGGGUGAAUGUUGUAACUUGGUUCAAACGGUCGUCUCAGUGUCCUCAGAACAAUAUUUACAUCUGUAUUUAACUUAAAGACUCUAAUUUAUUGCCUUUUAAGUUGUGCUGCCAUGAAGAUGCGGGGAAAUAAAUGAACACAUCAGUUUCCUCUAUGUUGCUGCUUUGACGUGUUGAUGUUUCGUGUGUUGAUAUUUUAAUGCACAAUAUUUUGUAUUUAAGGGCCGUUUAAGACGGACUCAUAAAGUACAAAUCCGUUCUGUAAAAUUAAAAGCUUGUUAAAAGAA